UACAUAUGUACAGUACUUAUGAUCCCUAGCUCUCUAGAUCAACAGGUCAUCUCACACACCAUCGAUCCUGGCCUCACUCAUAUAUAUAUAUAUAUAAUAAAGAAGAAGUUGAUUAAACAAUAAUAUGGAUAUGGCAGCGAGAGGUGAUCUGUUUUCGGUAGAGCUGAGGAGGAAGGAAGUAGUGGCAGCCGUGCUGCCAAUGCUGGAGCAUUGGCUGCCACAGUCGAAUCUGGACUUACUUUUGCCUCCUCUAGAUGUCGGUGUGUUCUUCUGUUACAAGAUACCAGAGGAUGACAACUUGUUCGGCUUUCCUUACAUGGUCAGUGUCCUUAAGAAGGCUAUGGCUCAAGCUUUGGUGUCCUACUAUGCAUUUGCCGGGGAGGUUGUGCAGAACUGCUUGGGAGAGCCUGAAGUCAUCUGCAACAAUCGUGGGGUGGAUUUCAUCGAAGCUUAUGCGGACGUAGAGCUCCAACAACUCAACUUUCACAAUCCUGAUGAGAGCAUAGAAGGCAAGCUGGUCCCUAAGAAGAAGCAAGGGGUGCUCUCUGUCCAGGUUACCGAACUCAAAUGUGGAGGAUUGGUAGUAGGGUGCACGUUUGAUCAUCGAGUGGCGGACGCCUACUCGGCCAACAUGUUUCUUGUGUCAUGGGCCGAGAUGGCCCGGUCCAAACCGGUACUUUCUCUGCUCCCAUCAUUCCGCCGGUCUCUCCUCAACCCUAGGCAUCCUGGCCACUACGAUCCCUCCCUUGACAACUUGUACAUGCCCAUCUCGGCCCUGCCACCACCAAAACAAAAAAACCCCGAUGAUGAUCACCUGAUAAGCCGAAUCUAUUACAUCAAGGCCAAUCAGCUCAGUCACCUUCAAUCAUUGGCGAGUGCUAGAGGAGAAAGAAGGACUAAGCUCGAGGCUUUCAGUGCCUUAGUGUGGAAAGUGGUAGCAGCCAGUACUGAACAUGGUAGCAACAAGAAUUGUAGGAUAGGCAUUGUGGUGGACGGGAGGGCUCAGCUGAGCGGAGGAGACAGUGGCGACAAGGCGGUGAUGAUGUCUGCUUACUUCGGGAACGUGUUGUCCAUCCCCUGUGAUGAAAAGACGAUCACUGAGCUGGAGGAGAGGCCCCUGAGUUGGGUGGCAAAUGCAGUUCAUGAGUGCUUGCAGGCUGCUAGGACAAAGGAACACUUUUUGGGGCUCAUAGACUGGGUGGAGGCUCAUCGUCCGGAUCCUGCUAUGACAAAGAUAUACAGUGCCAGAGAGGAUGGGGGCCCGGCGGUGGUGGUUUCGUCGGGGCAGAGGUUUCCGGUGUCUGAGGUGGAUUUCGGGUGGGGGAAGCCUGUGUUCGGGUCGUACCAUUUCCCGUGGGGCGGGGAGACCGGGUACGUGAUGCCCAUGCCAAGUCCAGUAGGGAAUGGAGACUGGGUUGUGUACAUGCACAUGUUGGGUGGACAAUUGGAGCUGAUUGAGACACAGGCGGCUCAUUUGUUCAGGCCCUUGACCAGUGACUAUCUUAAUAUACCUGUUUAUUUAAAGUGAGAAUGAUUUUAAUUUUCUAUAUGUAAAAAUACACUUGUUUGAAUUGUUUCCUCCUCCUGACCUCAUAUUGGAUAAUCUUUAAAAUUUAAAACAAAUUGCAAUAAACUUUGUGAGAAAAUAUACCCUUUAAAUAUCCAUUCAACCAAAUAAAAAAAAAAAAACCCAUAUCGCAUUAAAAAGUUGCAAACUGAACCCCUCAGCCUAACUUCCGCCGAUAAAUUUUUUUUUUAUAGUUAAAGGUAAGCUUUAUAUAAUGAAAAGAAUGUACAAAUCAGCCCCAA